CAAGCCCUGAAAUAAUCCAAAAUUUACGUCCUUAUCUGCAAAAUUGUCUCCCUCCUCUCCACUCCCCCUCAACGCCCGUACACACCGAAUUCAAAAAACCCUAGAACUUGCCUUUCUCUCUCUCGCCUUCCGAUGCCACGUCACCAGCGACGAUGAGGAAAAAGAAGUCAGCCAUGGACGCGGCGUCGGAGGAGCUCGAGAGGCGGAGCAGGUACCUGAGCUCUCUGAUCCAGAGAACCAAGCUCAAUGCCGAAGAAGAAGAGGAGGAGGAGGAAGAGGUUAAGGAGGAGGGGGAUGGUGAUCCACAGGAGCAGCAGAACGUGAAGGUGAGGGCGGCAGACAUGGCGCCGGCGAUGCAGCGGAAGGCGUUCCGGUGCGCCGGCGAGGUGAUGAAGGGGAUGAGGAAAGUCGAUGGCAAAAAGAUUGCUCUUGCCCUCAAAAAGGAAUUUGAUUCAUCAUAUGGGCCAGCAUGGCAUUGCAUUGUGGGGACAAGCUUUGGUUCUUAUGUCACACAUUCCGUUGGAGGCUUCUUGUAUUUCUCUAUUGACAAAGUUUACAUUCUCCUGUUUAGGACAGCAGUGGAGCCAUUGGACCAUACAUAAUCUUAGAGCUCACAACUCAAGCUCGGGCUGUUGUAAGUGAAUAUAGACAUGCUUGAAACUUAGCAAGAUAUUAACCUAUAUGGCAUCUAUAUGUAAAAAUGUGAUGCACCCACUAGACAUGAGUCAAUAUUUGAAACAACAUAUGCUGGAAAUACUGGCAGAUAUUGUUGAACGGAUCACUGUGAAAUCCGUAUCUGUUACCAGUUUCUGUUUUGUUCACCAUAUUUUAUCAAAAUGUGGUGUUUUGUUAUCAUGAAUUGUACGUUAAUCCUGAUUUGAAGAUUCCUAUUUGGCAUA